AUGGUGGGUAGAAGCGCGGCAAAACAACGGCCCACACUUACGCGUGAAUCAACCUCUAAGGACCUUACGCAAACACCCAUGUCACUGCCUACAAGUAGCACAUCUGCACUCUCAGCACCGUUAGAUGCUUCAUCUCAAGCAUUUCUAACAAGCGAUGGAAAUUGCGAAUUAAGCGAAAUUGAUAGUCUAAUUCAGAGAUACUUAGCAAGCGCGCAAUAUAAAACGGCAUUAUUUUGGGCAGACAAGCAAUUAGCAUUAUGUCGGAAAAAUGGGUCGCAACCAUCAUUCGUUGAUAUGGCUCGGUUUAUUAAAGUCUUGGCAGCUGCUGGAGAAUGGACACGUUUGAUGGCUUAUUGUGAUCGUCAUGAGCUUAUUAUGAAGCAUAUGUUCUUCGCUUAUUUUUACGUAAAUGCACUUUACAAAAAGAAAUUAUUUGUUGACAUACUCAAGUUAAAACUAGGUACAGGGGAUCGAUGCCACGACCUCGUUUUUUCUAUUAUGCCUCAUAUGCUUCAGCUGUCCAGACCGAAGUCUUUCCUUCCAAGUUCUGAAGAAAUGAUUGCGCUUGAUAAAAUAUCAGAAGAUUUGCAGGUAGAAGCAGGACUACUGCUUUUGUUAGGAAAAGCUUAUCUGAUGACUCAGAAUCGUCGUGCAGCAUUCUCUUGUUUGCAAGGAGCCGUUUAUAAGGAUGAUUCUUGUAUAGAAGCAUUCGAGCUUAUCCAAAAAUAUCGACUUUAUUCAAAACAGCGCUUUGAAGAACUGAUUGAAAGAUCUGAAGAUAAAAACAGUAUGGUUGUAGCUCUUCGAAAUCAUUAUUUUUCUCAAGGGAGUAAAAAUCUGAAUUCGGAUGCCUUAAUAAAUGAAGCUUUGAUAACGGAUUUGUCAAUUCUUACUGCGCGAGCUUCACAUUUAUAUCAAGCUGGGGAUCUCACCGGAGCUUAUAAUAUUACGAAUGAAAUUUUGAAUGAGGCUGGCAUGUUUCAGGAUUGUUUGUUAAUUCAUAUUGCAACUUUGGUACAGUUGCGGAAAUUCGAAAAUCUCUUUGUACUAGCACAUCAACUGGUCGAUUGUCAACCAGAUAAUGAAGUUAGUUGGUAUACCGUUGGUUGUUAUUACUAUUCUAUUGGACAGCUGUCAGCGGCAAAAAAUUUUUUUAAUAAGUGUACAUCGAUGAACUGUGCAUUCGGUGAGGGUUGGUUAGCAUUUGGACAUGCACUUACUGCAGAAUCAGAACAUGAGCAAGCGAUGAAUUGCUAUUUAAGAGCAUCACGAGUGCUGGAAGGUAGCUUCGAACCGCUGUUAUAUAUAGGACUCGAAUAUGCUUAUGCAAAUAAUACAAAAUUGGCGCAGGAUUUUUUGAAGGAUGCAGCUGAAAUAGCUGGUGACAAUGCGCUUGUGUUACAUGAGCAAGGUUGCAUCUGCUACAUGAAAAAAGAAUGGAAAAAUGCUGAAACUUUUUUUACUAAAGCUUUGCUAUCAGCAUACAACGAGACCGAUGAACAUGCUCACGCAUGUGACUUGUUGAAUCGACCGUUGAGUGAAUUUUGGGAACCACUUGUAAAUAAUUUGGGACAUGUAAAGUGCAAACUCGGAUCUUACGACGAAGCGGUCAAGUUUCAUCAGAAAGCACUUCUAAUGUGUCCGGGAAAGCUAGGUCCAAAUGCUGGACUAGCAAUAGCAGCAGGACGAUCUGGUGACAUUGAUAGAGCUGUCCACUACUUUCAUAAAUCACUUAGUGUGGACCCACAUAAUAAGGUGUUGGAACAAGGACUUCAUCAGCUCAUGCAUUUUUUGGGAACACAUACCAGCUUUUUAGCAUCAUGCAUAAGAACUCCAACUCUUAUGAUCGGAUCAUUCGAGAAAUUCUUAGUGACAAAAGCUGAUCUAGAAGGAAAUUCUGAUGAAAAGCAAACUCAACAAAAGGCAUUGGAAACGCUGAAGAGGAAACGCGCGAAACGUGCUGCUCAGGAAGGUUGCGAAAGGACAAUGUUGGAUCAGCGGCCAAGAAAUCUUCCUAUGCAUGAUAUUAGCCCAGCGGAUGUUGAAAUGACUUAG